AUGGCAUCCUCCAAAGGUCUCUCGGCCCUUCUCGCCAAGGCCCCCUCCGACAUUGUGAUCCUCUCGUCGCUGCGCACCCCCAUUUGCCGCUCUUACCGCGGCCAGCUCAAGGACGCCUACCCCGAGGAGCUGCUCUCUGUCGUGCUCCGCGCCACCCUCGACGCGAACCCGAACCUGUCCCCCGAGCUCAUUGAGGAUGUCGCCGUCGGCGUCGUGCUCUCCGAGCUGGGCGGCUCCAAGGCUGCCCGCAUGGCCAUGAACCACGUCGGCUUCCCCAACUCGACAUCCCUCUACACCGUGAACCGCGCCUGUAGCUCCAGUCUGCAGAGCGUGGCCCUGGUUGCCAGCCAGCUGCGCACGGGCAUGAUCCAGGGCGCCGGCAUCGCGGCCGGCAUGGAGAGCAUGACGAGGAAUUACGCCUCCCGCGCCAUCCCUGUCGACCUGUGGCCGGCGCUCAAGGAGAGCGAGAACAAGCACGCCCGUGACUGCAUCAUGCCCAUGGGCCUCACGUCCGAGAACGUUGCCGAGCGCUACGGCGUGGGCCGCAAGGAGCAGGACGAGUUCGCCGUCGAGUCGCACCGCCGCGCCGCCCUGGCCCAGGAGAAGGGAUACUUCGACCAGGAGAUCGUGACGGUGAAGACGCGCUUCCAGGAGGUCGACAAGCAGGGCAACAAGGUUGGCGAGGAGAAGCAGAUCGAGGUCUCCAAGGACGACGGCAUCCGCAGCAGCGCUACCCUCGAGGGCCUGGCCAAGCUGAAGCCCGCCUUCAAGCCCGAUGGCGCCAGCACCGCCGGCAACUCGAGCCAGGUCAGCGACGGAGCGGCUGCCACCCUGCUGAUGCGCCGCAGCACGGCGACCGAGCUUGGUCUGACGUCCAGCAUCCUGGGCAAGUUCGUCGGCGCCACCACGGUCGGCUGCAAGCCCGACGAGAUGGGCAUCGGCCCGGCGCUCGCGAUCCCCAAGCUUCUGAACCAGUUCGGCAUCGAGAACAAGGACGUCGACCGCUGGGAGCUCAACGAGGCCUUCGCCAGCCAGGCCAUCUACUGCGCCCGCGAGCUAGGGAUCGAGAGGGACUGGGAGCAAGGAAAGGUCAACCCGGAUGGAGGCGCCAUCGCGCUAGGCCACCCAUUGGGUGCCACGGGUGCCAGGAUGACGAGCACGUUGAUGCAUGGACUGGGCCGGACUGGUGGUGAGGUUGGUGUUGUCAGCAUGUGUGUGGGCACCGGCAUGGGAAUGGCCGGUUUGUUUGUGAGGGAAUAA